GAUCUCAGCAGAGCAGAAGUUGGGAUGUGGGGAUGCAGGCACAAAGCAAACCAAGCUGCCUUCCUGGAGGAGCCUUUGGGGUGACAGAUCUGUUUAUGGGAAGUGAUCUAAGGCCCACUGAUACUGAGGAGGAUCCGUGGAGGGGUGCAGGGUACCCUUCAGAGCCUCUGACUGAGGUUCACCCCACAGCAUGGCAGACCUGGUCCCCAGCAUGUCUCUACAAAAUAUCUGGGCUUGUGUGUUGAGACAUAGCAGACAUCUUUUAAAAAGGAUUUACUUUUAAAUUUGUGUGUGUGUGUGUGUGUCUGUCUGUCUUUCUGUUUGUCUGUCUGCAUACAUAUAUGAAGAGGCUGGAAGAGGGCAUCAGAUCAUCUGGAGCUGGGGUUACAGUGGUUGUGAGCUACCUGCUUGGCAUUGCAGGAACUGAACUCACCCUUGAGCUAGUUAAGGGCUAGGGCUCUUAACUGGUGAGUCAUCUCUCCAGCACCAUAGCAGGCAUCGUUUAAAGUAUAGAGCUGAUUUUGCAAGAGAGUGAUGAGGGACCUCCAGGGAUCCCCAAAGGAAGAAAGACACAAGUUCCCAAAUAGGGAGGGGCAGGUAGGUUAGGGGGGGUCAGGAACAUGGCCAAGCUCAAAUACAGAUAGGCUUGAACUGGUGUUGGCAAGCCAUGAUUAAUCGUCACUAUGGAGUGGUACUAUGAAGCCCCGGGAAAGCCAACAAAAAGGCUUCUCUGUUAAUAAAAAGUAUGGUCUAGAAAAAGUAUACAUGGGGGCCAAAGUAGAAACUGGGAAGUUUUCUCUAGCUUGAUGUAGACUUUAGAAACUUGUAACCACCAGCUGGUUUAGAGGUUGAAAAUUAGACCACUUGGUAAUGGGACAUUGCUCUCCAGUGUAGGCGUGCUUAUAAACUUUAAUAUCCUAGGGUUGUCUGGUAGACACAAAACAAGCCAUAAAGAUAAGCUUGUAUUGCAGAUGAGUAAUCUAGAAAUUUCUCUUGUACAAAUUCCUUCCCAGGAGAGAUAAAAGCUGUACCUGCUCCUUCUCCAAAGGUCCCAGUGACAAACUCAGAUACCAGAGUUCACUCUGGGAACCAUCGUGUUUUUAGGCUUCUUUAUAGAGCAUAGGAGAUCAGCUACUUACAGGAUGUGGGUAUGCCUCCCCCAGUAAGCCGCACCUGGAAAGCCUUGACCAAGUAGGGAUGAGGGCUUCCCUGUGGCCACAUAGGUAGAGCUCCUCCCUAAUGUAUAUACUGUAGCCCCUUCUCAAAGCCAUAUGCAAUUAAGGUAGAGGUUUGUAUAGCAGGUGGUAAGAACUUUAGAGUGGUAAGGAACUUUCUGGAAAGCCUGAUAGAGAACAGGAGUUUGACCUUGUCUGGCAGGAGGAGAAUACGUCACAUGAUGCAAGGGAUUAGUGGUAAUAUCUCUGGGGUGUCCAGGGGACAUCAGAAAGACCUUGAAUCCAGGCGGAGUUGGUCUGCUUUGUUCAGUAGAUCUGAGUUGCCUAGGCUGGCCUUGAACUUGCAGACUUCUUUAGCAACUACCUGCAUGGCUGGGAGGACAGGCAGAUUUUCUUUUCAUCUAUGAGAGAUGACUGACAUGUAAUAAAUGAUCCUGGGAAGGGAGCCAGCAGGAACAUUAAAGCAGUGUGGUUAAGGCUUCUUCAGUAGCCAGAGAGUGUGUGGGGAGUCGGGGCUCAAAGCACUAAGCUGGUGUGAUGCCUUUGACUAGUCUAGGAUUUUGUGCUCAGGAGCUGGAAGGAUGCUGUGCUGGCUAGUUUUAUGUCAGCUUGACACAAGCCAGAGUCAUCAGACAGGAGAGAGCCUCAAUUGAGAGAAUGUCUUCAGAGGAUCUGGCUGUAGGCAAACCUGUAGGGUAGUAUCUUAAUUAGUGACUGAUCGGGGAGAGCCCAGUCCAUUGUGGGUGGUGCCACUCUUGGGCUGGUGCUCCUGGCUUCUAAGAAAGCAGGUUGAGCAAGGCAUGGGAGCAGGCCAGUAAGCAGCCUCCCUCCAUGGCCUGAGCAUCAGCUCCUGCAUCAGGUUCCUGCCCUGACUUCCUUCAGUGAUGGACUGUGAUGUGUGAUCGACUAUGAUAUAUGGAAGUGGAAGCCAAAUAUGCCCUUUCCUCCCCAACUUGCUUUGGUGUUUCAUCACAGCAAUGAUAACCCUAACUAGGACAGAAACUGGUGCCAGGAUUGUGGCGUAUUGCUGUGACAGAUCUAACCAUGUUGGUUUUUCUUGGGAGGAUUGUGGAACUUUUGGAACUUUGGGCAAGAAAAGCCAUUGAGAGUUGAGGGCUCAGCGAGUUCUUCUGUGAAAGCGUGGAUGAAAAGAGCGCUGAGAGAAACGCAGACAGUGGGCUUGGCUUGUGGCGUUCCAGGGGGAAGGCUGAGUGACGAAGGGAGGCUUAAGGAAGGCUAGUCAGGGCCACUGAGUAUUAACUGUUUGGAAUCAAGAUUCUAUUGAAUCUUAUUCUAUAAGUCAAAUUACCAGUGACUAAGAAGAGCCCAGAAUUAUUGAGGUGAACUCUCCUGGGAAGUGUUUCCUCAGGGUCAAUACAGAAACCGUGUUCCAGAAGCAGCCAUGGUUGUACCCUGUGCUGGCAGCUGAGCUUGGUGUAGUGUAAGAGUCACUGGUUUUGAAGGCAUGAAGGGGUCAUGGAGAGCAGCUGAGGCUUGGCACUGUGAGGCCAGGAAAGGCCAUUGGUGAAGGGACAGCCUCAGAAGCAGUUGAAGGACCGAAGGGGCCACACAGAGGUGAGGCUGGGCACCGGGAAGAGAGCACAGGAGACACAGUGGGUGAGAGUGCAGCUCAGUGGAGUGGAGACCUGAGCAUUUUGGAGAGGUCCAUCUCUUGGGAUGACCAUCAGGAAGAGCUCAAUGGACUGUGGCCAGUUGGAGCCUGACGACAAGCUGAGUGUGCUAUAGAGGCAAAAGCUGAUGCAGAGACCAUGGACAGUUGCUGCUUAGAGGGCAGAACCAGAGAUUUUGAUCUGAGCCCCUUGGAGAGGAUCCAGAUCAGGAGUGAUCCCGGAUAAUGGACGUUGAGUCGUUUCCCAGUUGGAGUUUGGUUUUGAUUUGGUUUGAUUGUGAGUGUGACCUGGCUCUUUCCUCUUGAGAUAAGAAAAGUAUUUAAGUUAUUUUGAUUUUAUAGGAACCUAAAGCUGAGAGAAAAAGACACUGAAGUUUUAAAGUGUUUGAAUUUGUAAGACUGUGGAAUCUUUAUGUUUGAUAAUCUAUUUUGAUGUUAAUAUUCAUGUGUAGCCUUGGGAAUGCACAAGAAAGGAAAGGCUGUGGCUUAGUGUGACAUGUUUGUGUAUAAGCUGACAAGGGCCCAGUUGUGCUGGAUGGGUUUAUGUUAACUUGAUUCAUGCUAGAGUCAUCGGACAAGAGGAAGCUUGAAUUGAGAACAUGUCUCCAGGAGAUCUGGUUGUAGGCAAGCCUGCGGAACAUUUUCUUAGUGAUUGAUGGAGGAGGGCCCAGCCAUUGUAUGUGGGGACACCCUUGGACUGGUGGUCCUGGGGUCUAUAGAGAGUAGGCAGAACAAGCCGGAGGAGCAAGCCAGGAAGCAGCAUCUCCAGUGUCUGCAUCAGCUUUUGCCUUCAGACUCCUGCCCUGCUUGAGUUCCUGUCCCAACUUCCUUCAAUGAUGGACUCCAAUGUGGAAGUUUUUUCCAUCUCUGAGAUGGGGAUUGUGCUACUUCAGACAUGGCACCUGUGAGAUCGCAUAGAAGGACCACAUGUGAGAAUGAGACCUUGGAGUGAGUUGUAAGCAGCGGCCGUGCAAACACCUUUUCUGCACUCUUCUGGACUCUUCUGAGUGCUUGGGAGGGAGUGGAGGAGUGGGUUCUAGUCCAGGAGGGCUUCCUGGAAGAAAGUGGUGGCUUUAGAGCCGACACUGUUGUCUGCUAUCCCCUCAGGACCUCCACAUUCCCAAUGAGGACCGAAUCAAGCAGCUGCUGGGGCAGGAUGCCUGGACCUCACAGAAGAGUGAACUGGCUGGCUUCUAUCCCCGGCUCAUGGCCAAGUCAGACACGGGCAAGAUUGGCUUAAUUAACUUGGGCAACACAUGCUACGUGAACAGUGUCCUUCAGGCCUUAUUCAUGGCUUCUGACUUUCGACACUGUGUGCUCCGCUUGACUGAGAACAACUCCCAGCCCUUGAUGACCAAGCUGCAGUGGCUCUUUGCCUUCCUGGAGCACAGUCAGAGGCCUGCCAUCUCUCCUGAGAACUUCCUCUCUGCGUCCUGGACGCCCUGGUUCAGCCCUGGCACCCAGCAAGACUGUUCAGAGUAUCUGAAGUACCUGCUGGAUCGGCUUCAUGAAGAAGAGAAAACUGGGAUGAGGAUCUGCCAGAAGCUCAAGCAGUCCAGCUUGCCAUCCCCACAGGAAGAGCUCCCCAGCUCCAAUGCAACGUCGGUGGAGAAGAUGUUCGGAGGCAAGAUUGUGACCCGGAUAUGCUGUCUCCACUGCCUCAAUGUUUCCUCAAGGGAGGAAGCCUUCACAGACCUCUCUUUGGCCUUCCCUCCUCCUGAGAGAAGUCGCCACCGCCGCCUCGGCUCCGUGAUGCUCCCCACGGAGGAUGUGCGAGUCCAGGAGUUGACACUGGCUCCCAGAGCCCCCGGGGCGCAGAGGCAGAGGAAGCGCUGCAUCACAGGGGACGCUCCUCGCACUGGGCUGGACAGUGAAGGUGUGGACACCAUAGGCACUGGUGGACGGAGUGGGCAGGAGAAGGUGGAGAGGGAGCAGGCUGGGAAGGAGAAGGAGGUGGCAGAGGACAGGGAAGAGGAAGGAACAAGGGAAGAGGAGAAAGAAGAGGGGGAAGAGAAAGACAAAGAGAAAGAGAAGAAGGAAGAUGAAAAGGAAAAGGAAGCUGAGAAUGGCAAGGAGAAGGAAGGGGACAGCUUAGGACCAGGGACCCAUAGGGAGGCUGCCACUCCACCCAGGGAGCAGACAUGCGGCCCUGAGGGUUCCCGCUCUGUACUGGACUUGGUCAACUACUUCCUGUCCCCUGAGAGGCUGACAGCUGAGAACCGCUACUACUGUGAGUCCUGUGCCUCCCUGCAGGAUGCGGAGAAGGUGGUGGAGCUGAGCCAGGGUCCACGCUACCUCAUCCUCACACUACUGCGCUUCUCCUUUGACCUGCGUACCAUGCGGCGGCGUAAGAUCCUGGACGAUGUCACCAUCCCCCUUUUGCUGCGCCUGCCACUGGCUGGGGGUCAGGGCCAGGCCUAUGACCUCUGUAGUGUGGUGGUGCACUCUGGAGUGUCCUCAGAGAGUGGCCACUAUUACUGCUAUGCUCGUGAGGGUGCUGCUCGGCCAGCUCCUGUCCUGGGAUCCACAGAGAGGCCUGAGCCUGAGAACCAGUGGUACCUGUUUAAUGAUACCCGGGUGUCUUACUCAUCCUUUGAGUCUGUCAGCAAUGUCACCUCCUUCUUCCCUAAGGACACUGCCUAUGUGCUCUUCUACCGCCAGAGGCCCAGGGAGGACCCUGCGGCUGAGCCCGGCUCUCCUAGAGUCCGAGCAGAGCCUACCCUCCACAAGGACCUGAUGGAGGCCAUUUCCAAAGACAAUGUCCUCUACCUGCAGGAGCAGGAGAAGGAGGCCCGGAGCAGGGCAGCUUAUAUCUCUACACUCCCUGCCCCUCCACACUGGGGUAGGGGCUUCGAUGAAGACAAAGAUGAGGAUGAAGGCUCACCAGGGGGCUGCAACCCUGCAGGUGGCAAUGGUGACUUCCACAGACUGGUCUUCUAAUGGGAGUUCCCACUUGUUGGGGCUAUCACAGCCAACCUCAGAGUGGGCCAGGUGGAGCUCAGGGCCCAGGUAGAACACUCUGCCAUCUGGGGUUUUAGGGAGCUGUGGAGGCAAGCCCAGGGUGAAGCAGGUCUUUCUGAGGGCAAGGAGGAUGAAGAGGGACCAUUUGGGAUAUCAGUCUGUAGCUUGAAGUGCACAGAGAAACUGAAACCCAAAGCUCCUUAGGCAUUCAUCCUCUUACGAUGUUAUAGACUACUGUCCCGACUAACAAGGAGCAUCCACUCUGGGCUUUGCCUCCCUGCAGGGCCAAUCCUGGAAAGGCCAGCCAGCUCGGGAGCCAGGGUGGUGUCAGCUUGGUGUCCUGUGUCCAGUAGCACUUCUUUCUAGAUCCUUCACUCAGCUCUUUCUCAAUAGGAGAAAAGUCACAGUUGAAGUCAAGCCCUUGGGACAAGAAGGGGUGGCUAUGUCCCCAAUGCCCACCCUCUUGUUUUUUAAGGGGGUCCUUAAAAUAAGGUAUAUGAGUGUCUGCACCUGCUGUGUUUUACAGGCAUGUGGAUGGAAGGCAGCAUAGCACAGGAUCAGAGACAAGAAUCUUACCACAUGCCCCUCCCCUACCCCAAGUGACACUGUGGGAGAGCCCCUUGUCCUCCCUAGCCUGCCUCAGUGCCUGAGAUGCUGCCAUUGCAUCCCUGUCUAGUUAAGGUCCAGAGUCCUUAUUUUACUGAAGACAUUAGUCUGUCAGAAAGCCAUUGUCUCAUCUGAGGAAGCUAGCUGGCUUGGCUCCUCUGAUGGAAUGUGAGGGCUGGGUAGGUAUGAACUGUGUAUAAUGCACCUGACCUCAUCGUGCCCUGAGACUACUAUAGCCCCUUCUCAGUGAAGAGAAGAAACCUGUGUUCUUAAAUAGGAAUAAAAUUCUCUUCUCUGAAGGC